AGGAGUUCGUAGAAACUGGCCGGUCGCUCACUCAUCGCAGCCGCCCGCGCUCCGCGUCCUCUCGCUGCCCCGCCGCUUGCUCCGCCGCAUCCCGCCUCCUCCGCCGAUCGCGGUGGAAGAAGAAAUCGCUGCGCUCGUCAUUGACAAUGGUUCUGGCACGUGCAAAGCUGGCUUUGCUGGGGACAACGACCCCGGGCUGUCUUCCCUUCCAUUGUCGGCCAUCCCCGACAUCAGGGCGUCAUGGUGGGCGUGGGGCAGAAGGACAGCUACGUGGGCGAUGAGGCCCAGAGCAAGCGCGGCAUCCUGACCCUCAAGUACCCCAUUGAGGGUGGCAUCAUCACCAACUGGGACGACAUGGAGAAAACCUGGCACCACACCUUCUACAACAAGCUAUGCAUGGCCCCCAAGGAGCACCCUGUGCUGCUGACCGAGGCCCCUCUGAACCCCAAGGCCAACUGUGAGAAGAUGACCCAGAUCAUGUUCGAGAUCUUCAACACCCUGGCCAUGUACGUGGCCAUCCAGGCUGUGCUGUCCCUGUACGCCUCUGGCCGCACCACUGGUAUUGUCAUGGACUCUGGGGAUGGGGUCAUCCACACUGUGCCCAUCUACGAGGGCUACACCCUCCCCCACGCUGUCCAGUGUCUGGACCUGGCUGGCCGGGACCUGACGGAUUACCUCAUGAAGAUCCUCACUGAGCAUGGCUACAGCUUCACCACCACGGCCGAGCGGGAAAUUGUGUGUGACAUCAAGGAGAAGCUCUGCUACGUCGCCCUGGACUUCGAGCAGGAGAUGGCCACCGCUGCCUCCAGCACCUCUCUGGAGAAGAGCUAUGAGCUGCCCGACUGCGUCAUCACCAUCAGCAACGAGCGCUUCCGGUGUCCAGAGGUGCUUUUCCAGCCCUCCUUCCUGGGCAUAGAGUCACAUGGCAUCCACGAAACCACCUUCAACUCCAUCAUGAAGUGUGAUGUCCACAUCCGGAAGGACCUGUACGCCAACACAGUGCUGUCUGGUGGGACUGCCAUGUACCCCAGCAUUGCCGACAGGAUGCAGAAGGAGAUCAUGGCCCUGGCCCCUAGCACGAUGAAGAUCAAGAUCAUCGCUCCUCCCGAGCACAAGUACUCCAUGUGGAUCGGGGGCUCCAUCCUGGCCUGGCUGUCCACCUUCCUGCAGAUGUGGAUCAGCAAGCAGGAGUACAACAAGUUGGGCCCCUCCAUCGUCCACCGCUAAUGCUUCUAAGUGGACUGCAGGCAGAUGCAUAGCAUUUGCUGCAUGAGUUAAUUCAGAAGUAUAAAUUUGCCCUGGCAAACAUACACAUCUCACACCAGCCUUGUGAAACUGGAAUAAGCCUUUGAAAAGAAAUUUGUCCUUGAAGCUUGUAUCUGGCAUCAGCACUGGAUGGUAGACUUGUUGCUGAUCUUGACCUUGUAUUCAAGUUAGCUCUUCCCUCCGUGUAUGUUUAAUACCCUGUGCUUAUCUUUGAUUUAAACCCCUAGUUACAUGCAGCUCUGUCACUUGUCGUGGCUGAGGUGAGAACACAUUUGUGGAAGAGAAACUCAUUGGCUUGAU